GACCCCGGGUUGGUGUUUGUAAACUUGCCUCGGUCCCGGCGGGGGCAGCGGCAGCCAAGGGGUUGGCACGGUGUGCUGGGGCCUGGAGGAGGCGUCGCGCGGCGGGGGAGACAGCGGGAGGCCGUGCCUGGCAGAUUCCUGAAACAGAUCGUGAACGUCGUCGAGAGAAUUCAGUUGGAAAACCAAGAUUGGCAGACUUUUUUCUUCAGACAAUAGGCAGGAGCCAGAGUCCAGGAAUUCUUGGAACAUCUAUCUUCCCUUUGGAGGACAUUUAAGUUCUAUUUGAAGACAAAGCCAGUUCAAUAUGGCAGCAGGACUGAAGGGACAUGAAGGAGUUGUUACAGUGAUUUGGUGACAGUUCUUCAAACAGCAGUGUCUUAAGGAAAGGUGGAUCAAGAAACUCCUGAACUUUUGGGUUGCAUUGAGUGAGACAGCAGCAUGGCUCAGGCAAGUCUCCUGGCUUGUGAAGGCCUAGCAGGUGUGAGUUUGGUUCCCACUGCAGCCAGCAAGAAGAUGAUGCUGAGCCAGAUUGCCAGCAAGCAGGCCGAGAAUGGAGAGCGGGCAGGUAGCCCUGAUGUGCUGAGGUGCUCGAGUCAGGGCCACCGAAAAGACAGCGAUAAGUCCCGGAGCCGCAAAGAUGAUGACAGCUUGGCUGAGGCCUCUCAUUCAAAAAAGACUGUUAAAAAGGUGGUGGUAGUGGAACAAAAUGGUUCUUUUCAAGUAAAGAUUCCCAAAAAUUUUGUUUGUGAACACUGCUUUGGAGCCUUUAGGAGCAGUUACCACCUCAAGAGGCAUAUCCUUAUUCAUACUGGUGAGAAACCGUUUGAGUGUGAUGUAUGUGACAUGCGCUUCAUCCAGAAGUAUCACCUGGAGCGUCACAAGCGUGUGCACAGUGGUGAAAAACCCUACCAGUGUGAAAGGUGUCAUCAGUGUUUUUCUCGGACAGAUCGAUUACUCAGACACAAACGGAUGUGCCAAGGGUGCCAGUCCAAGACUUCCGACGGGCAGUUUUCGCUAUAGGCGCAAGGGGCCCUGGGUGGUGGGAGUGAUCAGAAGAAUCUACCGAAGAGCGCACCCCCUCUGGUCUGACGGUCCCACCACCACCCCGUGUGUACCUGUCCCCUCCUGGAGGAGUGGACCCAGGAGACCAGAAGAGUGCAUCAGGGGACAGUGGCCCCAGAGCCUCAGCUCUGUAAAUAAUCUGAGACUAUGAGUAUCUCGGGGAAGUUCCUACAGCAUUCCUGGGUAGGGAAGCUAGUCCCUGGACCCUUGGCUGAGGUUAUAGAUGGGGGACUAAAGUUACAGGACCAAGACCGAAGUGUGGCUCCCACAACCUUGGACUCCAGCUGGCAGCUGAAAUGGAAAAGAUUGGGGAGAGGGAUUUGUUUGUUUGUCCUGUUCUUGUUUUUGUUUAUCCAAAAGCAAUUUCAGCAGGUGCACUGUGUAUACAGCUAAUCUGGAAGCAUAGAGUCUUGGUCAGAGGGACUCUGGGUAGUCCAGACCUUCCCCAAAACGGAGUUUUUAGUUGCAGUUGAUCCUCGGUGUUCCACAGCCCUGCACCUCACCUCCCGUUUGAAGGAGAAUAGGAUCAGGGACGGCAGCUGAGCUUACUUUGGCCUCCUUAUACACUGUAGGGACAAAAGGAAGAACAGUAGGAGAAGCAGACGAGGGCUGGAUCCAAGAAGAGUGGACAGGUACCUCUGAUUUCCUCCGGAGAAGAGUAAAGAGUUGUGCCCAUGGGUGUUACAUUGGCCCAUACCACACUGGUACUAAUGGGGUCAGCUCAAGUGCCUUUUGGAGGAAACUUGGGUGAAAGUGGCCAUGAAGCCCUUUCCUUCUCUCUUUGGGCAGUUGAUCUUGGAGAUAGUUUGUGGCUGCCUCGCUGCCGUUGACUCCUAAGCCAGAGGUGUUGAGCGGGGGAGUCAUGGAUAUGAAAGUGGGUUCUCUGUCCUUGUGCCCUCUUAGGAAGUUGAGUAACAACUUCAAGAAAGAAAGAAAUUUGGUGUCCCCUGACAUGACUGUUGAGCAGUACGAGCUGUUCUCCCUGUCCAAGUCCUAUCACUGUAUUCAGGUAGAGGAGAUAGGGGUCUGGCCUUUGGUUCCAAAGAACAAGAUUUUGGCUUCCUUCUUGAUGGCCAUCCCUUCCCAACAAAGAAUUGGGGGUGGGGGGUGCUGCAAAGAAAGGACUGAGGAAGAAACCUAAUGUAGGUUUUAUUCUUAACCAUAUUCUUUGCUCCUCUCUGCUCCAACACCACCACCCUAUCCACCCUCACAAAAGUGAUCAGGGGUGUGUGUGUGUGUGUGUGUGUGUGUGCGCGCGCGCGCAUGUGUGCGUGCGCGAUGUAUGUGUGGUAUGUGAGAAUGUUUGUAUGCUUGAGAUGGCAUAUUGAGCCAAAUCCUUCUCUGGCCCUCUACUCAGGGGAGGAUGAGCAUAAAACAGCCUCCCCCGCCCCAAAUCUGAAGGGUGCUUAAGGUUACAGCAGGAGCUGAGGAACUCAAUUUGGGGGACUCGGUGGCUUUGUUUUGGGGGGGUUUUUUAGAUUGAGUCAGCAGGCUGGUGGGUUAGGGUGUUUCUAACCCAAGCCAGGGGCUCGAGAACAUGAAUUUUUCUAAAGCGAAAUAAACCCUCUUUCUUCCUAAGGAAAGGAUCCUUAUGGGAGGUUCUGGGGUUUGUGGCCUGUGUUCUGUCGCCUGCCCUGACCUGUGGGGUGGAGAGUAAUCAUGGACACUUGGUGAACCUGACCAGGCUGUCAGUGGGGAUCUGAGAUGGCAGCCUCUAGGAAAUGUGUUCAUUUCCCACCAAAUACAGGGAGCAGCAGCAGCAGACUACUGACUGUUAGCUAUUCUAGAGGAGGUAACGGAGAGUUGGGACAGUCCUCCAUACCUCUGAGGUGUGAGGAUUUCAGGGAAAGAAAAGAUGCAUGGCACCCUUCAGGUUUUUCCUGAUGGCAUCUGAGACCCUUUGGGGGAGACGGGAACAUUUGCCACCCUGUGCUCUUCUAGCUUUAUGCUGGCAAUCCCAUUGGUUGUAGUCCAGAACCUAGAACACAGUCAGUCUACAGAUCUGCCUGUGGUUCCUAUAAGCAGAGUACCCUUCUGCAUUAGAGCCAGCCCCCUGCCUGUGAGAGGGCUCUGCUCAGGCUGGAAUUUGUGUAUCAUUCACCUCUGGGAAGGAGGACACAUUUAGAAAACUGUCCUCCCAAGAGUGCUUCUGAAAAUGGGAGGCCUCACUCCCUGACACUUGCAGCUAAUCUGUUUAGGGUUGGGGGAGGGGGGAGCAGGAGGGCAUUGUGGAGAGAGAAUCACGUGAAUGAUCUAUGCCCCUACAUGUGUGACUGUUUGUUUAGGUCAGAAUGUGCCCUGGCCCCCAACAAGCCUCAGCUUCCUGCCUGGGUGGGUGGGACAGAGGGAACUGAGUGGAUGUGCAAAGCCAUAGCAGAACCAUCCCUGUCAAAGAUUGGGUGUGGGGAAAACUCAGGAGCAGGUGGUUAGUCCAGAUGCUGAUGUUCUGGGGCCAUGGAUGUGUAAGGCGAAAGGAGUAAAGAGGUGAAAGGAGUGAUUUAGCACCCCGAGGGCCCAGGAGCCCCACUUAUACCCCAGGGAAACCACAGGCUAAGACCGCUUGCAAAGGCUCCUGGGCCCAACGCCCCACCCUCCUUUGCUGGGGUGGGGUCUAGCACUGGAAAGAUGCCUCAGGUGUGUUUGGAGUGAAGGGAAAGGGAGAUAGGGCAGGCUCUCAGAGACCAGGACGUGGAAUUUGGGGACCUGGGAAAGAGUAGUGCCAGUUCCUGAGUGAGCUGCUGUACCAGGCCCUACAGCCCUGCCCUUUCCAGCGCCCCAAGUCUUUUCUGUCCAUCUCCCAACAGCCUUUUGUCAUCACUUAGCUACUGACUGUGCCCAUGGCUUGACAUUGGAGGGUUAAAUAAGGCUCUGAGUCCCGCCACAAGUUUUAACCCUGUCCCCAGAUGCUCUUGGCCUCUGCUGUAGCCCUGGGGCUUUUAUCUUAAUUCCUCCUACCCUUCCUCUACACUUUUUUUUUUAAUACACUUAUUUUGCUAUUGGGGGAGGGGAAUAUCAAAUGAACAAGAUCACUUUUAAAUGGUAGUUUUUAUAAGAUGUUAUAAACUUGUAUCUUUUUACCAUUCAAGUACAGUGUAUGUUCCUUCGUGAUAUAUUUAGGAUAUUUAAAUAAAAAGAAAGUGGGGCUUUUCUA